GGAGGAUUUGCAAGAGUAUACCAAGUGCAAGGCGAGGAUGAACGAUGGUUUGCGGCAAAAGUCAUUACCAAGGCUGCAUUACGACAAAGUAAAAACAAGGAGAAAUUACUAGCAGAGAUCAACAUUCAUCGAUCAAUGAACCACAAUUCCAUCAUUCGCUUUGACAGCUGCUUUGAAGACCAAACCAAUGUUUAUCUGAUUGUCGAAUUAUGUCACAACAAGGCAACUGAGCUUAUGAAAGCUCGGGGAAGAUUGACUGAGCCAGAAGUCCGUUAUAUUCUCAUCCAAAUAUUAGAAGCAUGUCGUUACAUGCAUGAGAAUAGAGUCAUUCAUCGUGACAUUAAGCUUGGAAAUAUUCUGCUUGAUAAAAAUCUUGAUGUCAAGGUGGGAGACUUUGGUUUAUCUGCUCUUUUGUUGAGCACUGAAGACAGGAAGAGGACAAUAUGCGGUACUCCCAAUUACAUUGCCCCGGAAAUCUUGUUUGGUAAAGAAGGACACGAUUACAAGGUAGAUAUCUGGUCAAUCGGUGUAUUAACAUAUACUCUCCUUGUUGGCCGACAUCCCUUCCAUCAGAGUGAACUUCGGGAUAUCUACAAAAAGAUACGCAAUAACUCCCAUGAAGCAUCUUAUGGAUUUCCAUCAGAACAUCCUAUAUCAGAUGCAGCAAAAGACCUUAUUGCUCGUCUUCUUGUCAAUGAUCCAAAGGAGCGGCUCUCUGUUCCUGAGGUACUUCAACACCCUUUUUUC